AUGGCUUUCGUCAGAGUGUUGUGGAUACCUCCAUCUAUUUUUCUUCACCAUUCCUCUACUGGCUGUAUCGUCCUUUUGCUUUAUGUUGACGACAUCAUCUUAACUGGUGACAACGGAUCUCUUCUCACUCAAUUUAUUCACCAUCUCAGUAAAUAUUUUGCCAUGAAGGACUUGGGUUAUCUCAAUGACUUCCUUGGCAUUGAAGCUCAGCCUUUGGAUGGUACACCUCCCUCUGAUCCUCAGGCCUAUCGGAGUACUGUUGGUGCUCUCCAAUAUAUCACUCUCACUCGACCGGACCUCUGCUAUGCUGUUAAUCAUGCCUGCCAGUUUAUGGCCAAUCCCAUCACUAUUCAUGAUCAGUGUCUUAAACGUAUUUUAAGGGCUGGUUGUCCAACAAUUCAUCGCUCAACCACUGGAUUCUGCAUUUACUUUGGUGACAAUCUAAUUUCUUGGCGCUCUAAAAAGAAACCAACAGUUGCCCGCGCUAGUGCAGAAGCUGAAUACAAAGCAUUAGCUAUCACUGCUUCUGAAAUUUGA